CGACAGCUCUAAACAUGCAGCAGCUCAACUCAUCCAACAGCUCUCUCACCGCUCCUGUCUCUACUGUGAACCUGAUUUCCAGUAGUGUGCUGGCAGUUUGCUUCAUACUAGGAGUCCCUGGUAAUAUUGCUGUAAUGCUGCGUCUUUCUGGAUGGCUGAAGAGAGGCAGUUUCACCCCGAGACUGAUGCUAAGCCUGGCCAUAUCAGAUCUACUCACUCUGAUUUCUCUCCCGGUUUGGAUUUGGGCUGUUCUGCAUGAAUGGGUGUUUAGCUUGGUCUUGUGUAAUCUUCUCUCUUACAUGAUCUACUUAAGCUUCUACUGCAGCGUACUGUGUGUGAUUUUGAUGAGCAUGCAGCGAUACAUCCAAGUGCUGCAUCCUGAGAAAUGGAAGAAGCUUGGCAGAAAAGGAAAGAAGAUCCUUUUGAUUGGGAUGUGGAUGUUAAGUGCAGUUUUAUCAUGCUAUGCUCUCAUACUAAGCAAUAUAAGCUUGGACAGAGGAGGAAGACUUCAGUGCACGCUAAGAUAUCGGAAUAAUGCUGAAAGAGUGCUUACAUUAACCUGGGAGAUUAUAAUAUUUGUGGCUUCAUUCACCAUCGUAUCUUAUUUCUACUUUCAACUUCACAGAGGAGUUAAUAACUCAGCUUUCUUUAGCAGUAACUCAUUGACCAAGCUGGUGACCAGAAUUGUGGUGUUUUUCUUCAUUUUGUGGAUCCCGAAUCAAAUCUCUGACGUUGUGAUCAUCUUUGCUGCACUGACUGGGAAUGACAGUCUGUUAAGAUCUGUAGUAUCUGUAGAGAAUGUUACUACAGUUCUGGUUUUUAUUAACAGUUGUGUGAACCCUUUCCUGUACGCUUUCUCUGCUCAGGCUCUUCAACAGGGAACAGCUGGAACAAAUGAUCAUUAG